CUCUGUGUGUAUCAUCUGCGCGGUGGGUUGUGGGUGUGUAAGCGUCGAAGUAAAAUGGCGGACUUGGCAAACGAAGACAAGCCUGCUAUAGCAGCUCCUGUGUUUGUGUUUCAGAAAGAUAAAGCACAGAAGCGAUCUGCAGAGGUCUCAAGUGCAGAGGAUGGAGAAGCAGUGUCACUUUUAGAUUCAGAUAAAGAUGAGGGAAGCUACUGCCCCGCCACAAAAAGGGAAAAGACCUCAUCAUUCCCACCCCCACAUUCUGUUCCCAAGAACAAUGUUUUCAUGCCCUCAAGUUUCUGCCAAUCUCCGACUGGGAACUCUGACUCUGAGCCAGAGGAGAAGCCAUCGGGAUUUCGUUUAAAGCCACCCACUCUCAUACAUGGGCAGGCACCGAGUUCAGGUGUUCCAAGUCAAAAGCCCAAGGAGCAGCAACGCAGUGUACUUCGCCCUGCUGUGCUCCAGGCACCGCCCUCCAAAUCACAUACAGAGUCCAAUUCCAGUUGUGGAACAAAUGGUGUAAAGAAGUCAUCUGAUGCACCACCUCUGACCCAGUCCCUAUUUCUGAACAACACAGAGCACUCUGCAAGCCUGCCCAAGUCACUGAAACAUGAAAAUGAGGAAGAUGGAACAUGUGGUGACAAAGAAGGAAGCAGAAGGGAAGAGACAGAUGUAGCAAUAUCUUUCGUGUUUGGUCAGAAUAUCAAAGACAGAGCAAAGUUGGAUGAAAACAGUACAGAAGAAAAGUCAAAGGACAGUGUGUUACUGGAUUCUCAAUCAGAGGGCACUAAUUAUUUCUUACAAUACAUAUCCACAUCAAGCUCUCAGAAUGCCACAAACAGUACAGAUACCGGGGCAAAAUUUGUAUUUGGGCAAAACAUGUCAGAACGAGUUCUGUGUUUAUUUCAGAGUCCCCCAAAGGGUGAGUCAUCAAGUGAAGAAAAUAAAGAGGUUUCAGUGACCUCUACUUCAGAACCCCCAUCACAGGAAGCCACCCCAGAGAAAGCGAACAGUGCAUCAGAGUCUUUGGAGGAGUCUGCAGCAGCGUACACCAAAGCCACAGCCAAGAAGUGCAUCUUAGAGAAAGUUGAUGUUAAGACCGGAGAGGAAUCGGAAAGCAAUGUCUUACAGAUGCAGUGCAAGUUGUUUGUGUUUGAGAAGACUGCUCAGGCAUGGAUAGAGAGAGGUAGAGGAUUGCUGAGGCUCAAUGAUAUGGCAUCAACAGACGAUGGCACACUACAGUCCCGUCUAGUGAUGAGGACUCAGGGCAGCCUCCGGUUGAUCCUCAACACUAAGCUGUGGCCGCAGAUGCAGGUGGACAAGGCCAGUGAGAAAAGUGUACGAAUCACUGCCAUGGACACAGAGGACCAGGGGGUUAAAGUCUUCCUAAUAUCAGGCACCUCUAAGGACAUUGGCCAAUUGGCUGCAGCAUUGCACCACCGUAUCUUGGCCCUCAAGAGCAGAGUGGAACAGGAGCCCGAGGCUCCGGCACCAGCUGUCUCUCAUGCCGAGGUACCGCAGUCCAACGAGGAAGACAGCGACGAGGAAGAUGCUGCUUCAGCCUCCGCUUCCGCCUCCACUCCUGCUACGAGUAAUUCAGAGGGAGGAGACGGCCAGGCAGCAGGAAGCACAUAGCGUUACUGUUGGACAGCCUGCCAAGAUGCUGCUGUUGAUGCAUUUUGCUGUAGGCAUCUCUAUGGACAUCCCGUGACCAACAUGGGUCCUUCAGACCAGUACUUUUGGAUAUUAGAAUUCUAGCUCUAGGAAAUCACCCCCUGUGCCGGAGUAUCUCACCCAACUUGUGCAGUUCAUCCUCUGCGUUCAGCGUAACAUCCAGAGUUGUUUCUUCCCUUCCUUUCCUGUUUUGUGUUUUUGUUUUCAGGUAAUCCCCUUCCACUCCUGAUAGCAAAAAUACGGAGUUCAAAGUUUUGGUUUGGGACUUUUCUGCUCAUCAUAUUGAUGAGUGUAAGGGUGUUUUUCCUCUACAUUUUAAAGUAUGGCACAUGUUAAGACUGCAGUUUCUACUUUGGGACCUUUGUACUCACUCUACAGCUGUACCUCUGGAAGCCACACAGCCAGAGGCGUUUCAUUCAUUGUACGUUUGACAAGUCAGUCGGUUGUUCCUAAAUUCAGUCCCACCUUCCUAACCCCCACCCCUAGCCCAUAAUUGGUUUAUUUUUGUUUUUUGUUUUCAAAUUGCUUGAUUACAGCCAUGUUGAUUUUGUCAGAGUUCAGCAGGUUGUUGGACUCUGCAGUGUGUCUCUGUCAGAGCCUUUAAGGUGUAACGACAUCUGGAAAUGGUCUGCGGAGUUAUGAAUUCACCAGACAGUGGCGUGUGUGUGUGGCCCUGCCCGUACCUUUGCCAGAGAAUUAAGUUGCCAGUCUUCAGAGUCCUGGUGCUUCCAUAUUCACCGUGGGGUCUUGAGACCUGGAUGUUAACCAGUGGA